AUGUCAAUCGAGAAAUCAGAGAAGUGGCCACCAGAGGAUGAGUACCUAUUUGUCCAACUUUUAGUCCAAUGUGUGCACAACGGUUCCAUCAUCCGAGGGACCGCGAAUAAAGCAUUGUGGGUGCGCCUAGCCAAUGCUAUGGCUCCGAGUGCGAGUAAAGUCUGGACUCCUGGCCAGCUAUCAUCGAAAUAUGGAAGGUUGCGAAAAGAACACAGCGACUUUUCUGCUCUAUUAAAUCAUGAAACUGGCUUUGGCUGGGAUCCAGUAUUAAACACAGUUUUUGGGACCCCGACGCAAUGGGAGCGAGCGAAGAUGGUGGAUUCGAAAAUUGGUCGCUUCAAAGCAAAAGGGUGCCGUAACUAUGAGGAACUCGGGCUCAUAUUCGAUCGGCCCACAGCAACUGGCAUUCUCCGCCGGUCUUCCGCACGGUCCCCGCCUGACACCGAUGAGGAAGCAGAUCUUAUGCACCGUAUGCAGACAGAAGGCAUACACGUGUGGGAUGGUGGGGUAGGUCGUAAAGGUCAACCCGAAGGUCAUCUGUCACCCACAUUUGUUGACCUUGACAGUCCGCAAGAUGAGGAGAUUUGUGGACCUUCGUUUGUUAGGGGUCGCCGUAGAGGGAAAGAGCCAAUGGUGGAGGCUACAAGGGAGUACAAGGAACUUGAUGUUGAGGAAAGUGUUGCGAUAUUUCUUGUGCUUACUGGGCACUGCCAAGGGCAGCGGAUCGUUGCAAAUCACUUUCAACACUCCACGGAGACAAUAAACCGACAUUAUAAUAAGGUGUUGAAAGCACUGGGCCAUCUAGCCAAGGUCUACAUCAAAGUGAGACAUAGGACUGGGGUGCACCCACAUGUACAGGGUAAUCCUAAAUAUUAUCCUUGGUUCAAGGAUUGUAUUGGUGCUGUCGACGGCACACACAUAAAGGCCCAAAUCCCGGCAGAGCACCAACGCCUCUUUCGUGACCGGAAAAAUGAAUGCACACAUAACAUUAUGGCAAUAUGCGAUUUUGAUAUGUUAUUCACGUUCGUGUACGCUGGCUGGGAGGGAACCGCGAACGAUGGCCGCAUUUUCAAGGAUGCUGUUACAACUGACCAAGGCUUUGAGUGGCCUACAGAUGGGCACUAUUAUGUGGCUGAUUCUGCAUACCCAUGCACACAAGGUUUCUUGCCUCCGUAUAAAGGGGAGAGGUAUCAUCUCUCCCAUUUUCGUAAUAGGCCUCUGCCCUGUGGGUACAAGGAACUGUUUAAUUUCAGACACUCCUCACUACGAAUGAUGAUUGAGAACUGCUUCGCUAGAUUGAAGAGGAGAUGGCGUAUUUUAUACGAUAUGCCUAAGUACUUAUUGACAUGUCAACUUAGCAUUAUAAUGGCAUGCUGUACACUGCACAACUUCAUCGGGACACGUAAUCCAAAUGAUCAAAUAUUCAACGGCACUGAUGCAGCAGAACCAGAGACGAGUGAGCAGCCUUAUGCAUAUGGCAACAAUGAUGAGGCAGGCCCCUCGCAUUCAGGACAAUAUGACUUCUCAUCUGCAGCUGGCAUUGAAAUGGUCAAUUUUAGAGAAGGCAUUGCACAAGCAAUGUAG